AUGGCCACCAUGACGGCAUCCCCGACCCCAGUAUCAGCGUCAAAGACGACAAAGUUUCAACUUAUUGCAUUGAUGAAGAGCUGCAUUAAACAUCUCGAGGAAUCUGAUGAAUACGCACCAAUUAUUUAUCAAACGUCGAAUAAGCUCCAUGAAUAUGCUGACUCACAAUCCAAACAACUGCAAGCACAAAUUCUGAAGCUUCAACAGAAUCGAGAACAAGCGAUGAAACAAAAUAAGAUUAUGCAGCAGCAACAUCAGCGACACACGCAACAGAAAAAUUCUGCUGCGGCUAGUAAGGCACAGGCGACUGCCGCGGAAAACAAAGUCGCAAGCCAAAAGCUGUCAGCCUUGGAGCAGCAAAAACGUGCUGCUGCCGAAAGACGACGACAACAAGUCAUAGAACAGCGCCGUAAAGCUGCUCUUGAACAAAAAAAGAAGGAAGAAGAACGAAAACGCCAAUUCUUAGAAAUGGAAAGAAGAAAAGAACAACUGAAAGCGGAAGCAUUGCAGAAGGCUGCAGAAAACAAGGCUGCAUCACACUCGAAGCAAGAGCAAAGGAUCGAAGACGACGCUAUGUCAGAACUUGAUAAGAUCGGAGGAAAGACUAGCACGGAAUCAGAUGAACCAGAAGUUCCUAUUGCUCAUGCGAACCUCGAGCGAAUUACUACUCCUACUGGCACUACUCCAAACGAAACAGGGCAAGGAUCUGCGAGUCCAGCAACUCCACUUGAAACAACUUCCGCGCACUCGUCGCAGCUUGAAUCCCCUAUUCCGAGCCCGCACCCUCCAGUAUCUGCUCCUGGACAGCAGCAACCUCAGCAAAAGUCCCAUCCAAAUCAGCUGAGGAAUCGACCGCCCUUUGACACACCACCACAACCACACCAUGCAACGCAGCCUUCUUGGGAUGACGCGUUUAGUUCAACAUCUUCAAUGCCUGACUCAGUAGCUACUACAGAAACCAUGGAAGAUCCGCCUGGUCUGGAAAUCUCCGAAGUCAAGAAACAGAUCUUGAUCCAAUGGGGACUGCAACCACCUGGUUACCAGAUGCUAAAGCGAGUCGACCAGCUGGUUGUGUCCAUCCAGACAGUCUUCCCACCAUUUGCUGGAGUUCCAGCACACUCCUACUUUGAUGGAUGGAAGGUUCUCGCUCCCAACGAUUUUCUCUGUUAUGGUGCAGACAGUCUAUUGCCAACGUUGGAUACCGACAAGCUGAAGAAAGCCGUGCGAAAGAUUCGUUUCUUUUUGCAUCCUGACAAGUUGCCCCGUGAUAUGACUGAAGGGCAAAUGUACGUCUGCAAGCUCCUAUGGGAUGUAACCAGUGAUGCACUGGAGGAGUUCAAGCAUUCAAAAGCGCAAACAUGA